CCUGCCAAUAGCUAUCCGCGAAGGAAGAGUUGGUGAAUCUGAAAUUGUUUAAGCGUAGCCGGAGGAGGAACUUUCAAUGGGCAUAAUCUAAUCUUUUCAGGGACUGUUUACUAUGGUUCUUGCCCAGUUGCUUAAGGAAAUGUCUAUCACCUGCUCCCUUCCCGCAGGAGCAGGACCUUCUGCGGGAGAAUAAGGUCUUACAGUUAGUGUUCCAAUCUCUACACCAUCUUCUUCAUCGCGAAGGCAAAGAGUCCGGGACCAUAUGAAUGUCGUUUCUGACUCUGGAAGCAUGCUUAACGACCGACUUGAAAAUUGGGUCCGUUUGGGAACCGCUGAAUCUUUGACUUUCAUCCAAGACCGGAUUGUCGAAGAGCCACGGCUCGGGUUAUGAUUCUGACGUUUUUCUAAAUUAAGCGGCGCCCUGAAGGCUCGUACACUGAAGGAGGAAAUCCUUCGCUAAACGACGCACGCCUAGAAUCACUACCGGCACCACAUCUGGAGAACCCAGCCCCAGCUUCAUUACGUCCGCAUUAUUACGUAAUGAAGGUUCGUUCGUUCCGUGGGCACAGAGUCUGAAGAACUGCCUUUGACCGACGUCUUCACGUCGCGCUUCAAUUCCUAUCCCGCGACUGACCUCAUCCGUUCUGGAUACUGUAUCUAUCAUAAACAACUAGACGUGCAGCUGUCGAAUGUCCCAUCCUUUAAGUGACGAGUGCCAAGUUUUCUCCGACCGUGAUAUUGCUGGCCUCCUCCGAUCCUUGAAAGGCGGUUGGUUCUCUGUGAAAAUUGCAGUGGCGGGGGGCCGGCUCGAACCAACUGCUCGAAUCGCCAAGAAUCGCUAGAAUCGCUAGAAUCGAUUGCCUUGUUCAGUUUUACCGAAAGGUAAAGGACGCGCCAGGAUCAUCGCGGAAGGCCUCAGCGUGGGCUCAAACCUGGGCUGAAUUCCAUCCCCAAACUCCGGCCUCUAACUGGAAAAUCAGCCUCCUAAUCCCUGCGAUGCCGAACGAGUCAUCCAUCAACCGCACGGCUCUCAGAGGUGAAAGCGGGUACCUGGUGUGGGUGAGCCGAGCCGAGUUAGAAGUCCACUAGGCCUUCACCAUUACAGGCACAUUCGAGCAGCAGUCGAAGCCGCAGUGUCAGUCGAAGUCGCGUUUGCUGGCUGGAUCAGCCUCAGGGUCUAAAUUCGGAAGAGUCGCGGUGGGGAACUCGCAAACGUGCAUUUUAUAGUUGCCGGUAGCCUGGCGCCCCGGCUCGUGUAUAAAAAGACGCAGGGUGGGUAGGUGCGCAUAGCACUGGCCCUGUCCGGAUGGCAGAAUCUUAACUAGCGCCCAUGCGCAGCACACCGGCAACACAUCGGAACUGUCUGGAUCCAACCAUGCGCAGUACCGUCACAUGGAGCGUCUGAGAUGCAAUUCGCUGCUGACUCAGCUCGCUCUGAGCUUCGAAGACGUUGAUGCAGCGCUAAUCCUGCUCCGGAAUGUUUCCUUAUAGCUGACCCGUCGGGGGAAUUCCAGUAUAUAGCAAUGGGUGCGAUGGUGGUCUAGUAUUCAAAGCGUUUGAGUGCAAGGUUUAAGUUAAAUUGCGUGACGAGGUGCUGCGUUCAUGCUGGAGUCGGCGGUAGAAGAGAGCGAUCGCUGAUCUAUCAACCGACUUCCGGAAGCCAAAUAUGGCGCUUCCCAUCUCUUGCGUGAACCACAUCUCGCGCAAUUGCUCGAACUUGCAAGAAGCAUCGAAAUUCUACGAAUGCUUGCUAGGCUUUGUGCAGAUCAAGAGGCCCGGAUCCUUCGAUUUCGACGGCGUGUGGCUCUUCAAUUACGGCAUUGGCAUUCACCUUCUGCAGGCCUCUGGAAGUAAACGAUCCUGUCAUGGAGAAAUUGACCCCAGGGCCGAUCAUCUCUCGUUCCAGUGCGCGGAGGACAUAAACGUAGUGGAGCAGAAGCUCCAGGAAAGCGGGAUCAAGUACAUCCGACGCCAGGUGCAGGAGGCGGGCUGUUUCGUAGAUCAGCUCUUCUUUCAUGAUCCCGACGGCUUCAUGAUCGAAGUCUGCAAUUGCGAUAACCUCCCCGUCGAACCUCUCGUCACAGGCAGUCUGGGAAUUUCCAAUAGCUCAUCCAAGCAAUUCUUCCCAUCAUGUUCCUUCACCCCUUUCAAUUCCACUGUGCCCUCCGGACUCAGCCUGACGACGUAGAGACUCUGCCAGAGCAGAUGUUCAAACUUCUAGUGCAUGAAAUUGCACGCUACAUAGCGUUUAGCCGAGUAAGGAUACUCGACCAAAGCUCGUCGAUCUCUCGUUCAAGGAUCCUGUUAUCUCCUACAUAUGAUACACUUCACGGAGCAAGAUGGAUUCCGCAGCUUGUACAAGAUGUGUCCGUACACCUUGCACCCAUAAUUCUCUAGAUCUCCUUAUCCUCCCUCAAAGUAAGUUUAAGGAUUCACAAGGCUUACCUCCUGGCGAUUCGGCCUUGGAGCUGGAGAGCCACUGGUGCUUGAUCAGACAUGGUGUGUCUGCGCGUCGAGAAGCGAUGGCUAUUUAUCAGGAUCCAUCCCUUCUCUUCACCUAGUGAGUUACACAUUCAGACCCUUCCCGGGUUAGAAAAAGCUGAAAGUUGUGCGCUUUUACUCGUAGCAGAAGACGUAGGUGUGAAAUGCCAUUACAACCGGCUCGUUGUAGCAAACUGACAGAUAGUGUUCGAGUAUAUAUGCCAAAUCCAUUCGAUCGCGACUUGAUUCGGCUAAAUAAUCAGAAGUAUGCUGUCAUAUAAAACAACUGAUCGUUUCUCGGUCUUCUAUGCACCUUAAUCACUAGACUAUAUCUAGAAUUAGAUCGUGACAACUUCACAAUUCGAGAGGCUUGCAGCUGUAGCCAGUUCAAAGUUAGUUCGUGCUUUUGAAUCAGGACAAGUUUGGAGUAGCGACGUAUAGCGACAGAUAGUUCAGAAGUGUCCAUGUGGUCCAUACAUAUGUUGUUGGGGACGAAACUUCUCAAGAGUAAAACAAGGUUUAACUUG